AAAUGUGUUUGGUAUGACGUAAUUUCUAUACCGGCCUAUCAGGAUCAGGCACUCAUAUGUGAAGGGCGGAGCUUUCAUGAGCUGCUGCUACAGGGACACCAAGAUGGAAAUCCAGGGGCUUUCUGACACAAAAAACACUCAGUACCAACAUGGCGUCCCGCUCCACACGACAUUCUCUCAGCAGACAACAGCUUCAGGAAUUCAUGCGAAAACACGUCUGACUGAAAAUACGAUCUCGGAUCUUUCGGGAUCGCUGAACAUAGAAAGUGACGACAACAACAACCGGGCCAGGUCGUCGCCGCUUCGGGUUGCGGAAAAUGGCAGCGGCUGCGCUCUGUCUCUUCAAAACAGCCAUCAUAAGACAUAUGAUGUACCGUCCGCAGUUUCAGAGCUCGGUGACGUGAAUGCGUCCAGGCAAAAGGUGUUUAAUGAAUUAGAGCUGCUGCCUUCCGAGUUUGAGAGGGCCGAUGAACAUGAGGAUAACGAUCUGCAAAUGGCGCUUCCCCUACUGGACUCUGAAAGCUGUGAACAAAGACACACGACAGAGAAAAUUCUCAGCAACACCUCUACCUCUUCAGGCAAGAGCCCAGAGGAACUAUAUGUGGUUUUUAAUAUAGUGCAUAAAGAAGAUGACAGCAAGGAACGACAAAUGAGCUUUCAAUGCAAACCGGAAGAGAAUGAAUCAUCAUCAUCUAAGUCAAAGACUCUCCGUUCCCCAGUAGAUUCAGAUGGAAACUUCAACAGAACUUCAUCCAGAUCGGGACAUUUGUCAAGCCACAGUAGUUUAAAUACCAGAUCUGAGAGAACAGACCAAAAUGUUAGACACGAGUUUUGUCUUGUGGCAGAGAAUAGAGACCCAAUAUUAUCAGAAGACUAUGCUGGGAGCAGUCAAACGCCAAAGGUCUCUACUGUAGAAAUGCUCAGCAAUAAUUUAGUUGAACAUUCAACAGAAGAAUUAAUGCAGUGUGUGGCAAAAAAUAACAGCCCUGUAUUUGUACCAGAGAACAGGGUUGCACCAGAGAUGGCUGAAUUGAAUAUCAUGGAUUAUGCAAACCAAGAGUCCAGCAGUAAUGGGGACUGUGGUCCUGAUGGGACUCCAAUACCCGUGCAUGAAACAUUCUCUGGGACCAUCAUGAUUAACAAUCAGAGUAUCAUUGUGACUAUUGAAAAUGGAAUAUUGACCCUAGCCACCCCGCCAGAGGGCUAUGCUUACAAGGAGGAUGGAAUGAUAAGCUUAAAAGAACAUUUGGGAAUGAAAGACAAUGAGGAUCUUGUGCUGCUCAACUACGACGGUGGAAGUAAGUCCAUCGGGAAAAUCAGCAAUGUUACCUCAAGUGUACAAGAUGAGCCUAAAGCCAGAUUCGCCAGCAGUGACUCGGAAUUGACUCUUACUGAUGACUGUUUGCUAUCAGAAAUGGGUGUUACUCUGGACUCUUGUCUGCCAAUUAAGCAAGAGGAAGGAACCAUUUGUGCUAUAGAAGAUGAAAGUAGCAUUUGCCAAAAUUCUAAAAGCAAAUCGGUUGCUUGUGAAGAACUACAGCCAAUAAACCUAUUAACUGUAUCAGGAUUGACCAAGAAAGGUUCAGUAGUAAAGUAUAGAUGUCCCCAACCAGGCUGUUCCAGUACCUUUGAUACCCGGCAAAAUCUCAAAAUCCACUUGGUUCUACACACAGAGGACCAGCGUCCCUUCAAGUGCACAGUGGAGGGCUGUGAUUGGUCCUUCACAACGUCGUACAAACUAAAACGGCACUUGCAGUCUCAUGACAAAGUGCGGCCUCAUAAAUGUGAAUGGGAAAACUGUGGUCGGCGUUUCACCACAGUCUACAAUCUAAAAGCUCAUUUUCGAGCACAUGACCAGGAAAAUGCAUUUAUCUGUGAAGUAUGCAGUGAGAGGUUUCGCACUGCCACGAGACUCACUAAUCAUCAAAGAACGCAUUUUGAGCCUGAGAGACCACAUAAGUGUGAGUUUCCAGGAUGUGAAAAGACGUUCAUCACUUUCAGCGCCCUGUUCUCCCACAACAGAACCCACUUCAGAGAAAUGGCUCAGUUCACAUGCACCUAUCCUGGCUGUGACAAGCGUUAUGACAAGGCUUGCCGGUUAAAAAUACACCUCCGCAGCCACACAGGUGAAAGACCUUUUGUUUGUGAUUCUGAUUCCUGUGGCUGGACCUUCACAAGCAUGUCCAAAUUACUGAGGCACAAACGGAAGCACGAUGAUGACAGACGUUUUGCAUGUCCAGAGGAAGGCUGCGGGAAGUCCUUUACACGGGCCGAGCACCUGAAGGGCCACAGUAUCACACACCUGGGUACCAAGCCAUUUGAAUGCCCUGUUGAAGGUUGUAAUGCGAAGUUUUCAGCUCGCAGUAGUCUAUACAUCCAUUCUAAGAAGCACAAGCAGGAUGGAGUCAGUCUGAGGAGUCGCUGUCCUGUUGCUGGUUGCACCAAACACUUCUCAUCACGCAGCAGCCUCAAGACGCACAUGCUUAAACACCACAACCUCAGCCCAGAUGUGUUGAGUCAGUUGGAUGACACAGCCACUCUAACCCCCAGCAGUGAGCUGACAAGUACUUCACAGGCUGUUAGUGCCCCCUCAGGACCUGCAGGAGCAGAACUCAGCAGUCUGGACCUAUCCUCUCUCUUCUCUAGCAUUCCUGCAUGUCCUGGGGCCACUGCUGUCUCUGUAGGGAGUGAAAGCAGCUCUGGGGCAGGAUCUUUCUCCAUGGACAUGCCUCUGGUCAACGCCGGAAUCCUCACAAUAGAUCCAGCAUCAGUUGGAUCGGCUCUUAACGGGGCAAAAACUGUGGAUCCUCUCAUUUUAGCAGCUGGACAAGAUAUGGGCGUACAUGUAUUAGACACUGGAUUGGGCACUGGAGGAGAUGGAGGGGUUUUGCCCCAUGCCACACUGCAUUUGGAUGAUGUGCAAACAGUCAACCCAGAAGAGCUGGGAACACUAACCGCUCUGGCAAUUCAAAGUACUGCAUCUUCUGAACAACUCCACCCUCUGAAUUCCUGCAAUCCCUUGACUGUAGAAUCACCAUCUACUCUCACACCAUCACUCUCUUCAUCGCUCACUCAGUCUCUUUCCUCACUUACAUCAGCUCUUCCUCCAGCACUCAGUUCAUCUCUUGUUCCUUCUCUCUCCACCCCUCUCUCCUCCUCCAUGGCUCUUGCAGCAAAUCCUGUACCGGAGUUACUUUGUCCACAGGCCAAGGCUGACCUGGCAGGCAGCGAGACAGCCGUUGGGCCCUUGUUAAGCAGAGUGGAGAUCAUGGCUCAGUCAGAUGGCAGUAAGGGGAUGUGUCAGUUUGUGUUCCCUAGCCACAGUGGAUCCUACAGUGGGCAGAAAAUAACAGAAUUGCCCUCGGUCACUCCCUGCCCCGUUAUGGAGAGCAGUGGAUCAGCACGCACAGACUACAGGGCCAUUCAGCUCGCCAAGAGGAGGAAACAGAAAUGCCCAGGCCCUUCCACUUGUGCCUCAGAGAAUGGCCAAAAAAAGACUAAAGGAUCAAAAGGCACCGGCUCUGCUCUGUCAACUAAUUCAAGUACUCAUUUUGGAGAAGGAGCUGCUACAGGAAAUGGUGAGCUACCAAUCCGGGAUCCGGUGACAGGCGCACAGUUUGUACAGAUUCAGCUGCUGCAGGAUGACCCUGCUGCUGAUGGAGACCUGGCUUUCCAGUUGAGUUCACAGACCUCGUGUUCACACUCUCAGCUCACUGUGGAUCUGCCUGUCAACAUCCUACAGGAACCCACAGUCAUGGCCGAAGAUGAAAAUGGAUCUGAUAACUCCCAAUUCACUGGUAGCACCAUCAACCUACAAGAUUUGGAGUGAUGGUAGAAACAGGAAGUGCUACUCAAGGACCAUAUGACCAUACUCUCUCAUUCUCUCUCUUUCUCAGAUGAUGUACUUUUUCUCAGUGCCUCCACUGGUUUUAUCAUUGUGUAGUUUAUAAGCAAAUCCCUGCAUUCAUGUUUAAAACAGUAUAUAUCAGAAGAGUACUGUGUUCCAUACAAAAAGCUAAUUUGACCAAAUCAAAGCACAUUUAGUUUGUUUAAUUUUCAUCAUGUAACUGGUUUGAUAAAUGCUUGAUUAUUUAGUCUUUAGAUCUGGUGACUUGUGAGCACACAAAAGACAUAUGGCAGUGAACAUAAUCAUUGAUCUGUCUCUUAAUCAGAAUAAAUACUAUUGGUCUAUGAAAACUUUAACUGUUUGUCAUUAAUCUAGUCAGUAUAAUUUGACCUUAACUUAUUUGCCUGGUUGACCAUUAAGGAAUAAAGUUGGUUUUUAUGCCUA